CAAUGUCAACCAGCAUCGUUACGUCUUAUUGAUAAUGAGCAGUUCCGAAUGGGUCAAGCAUUGAAGGUUGAUGAGAAAUCCAUCUGGAAAAGUAUUUCGUCAAUGAUCGCGAAAUUAUAUCUGACGAAGUGGAAGAAUUUCAAUGUAAUUUCUUUUCAUUUCACAUCCAUUCACAUUGAGAAGCAACUAACCGCAAUCGCUGAGAAGUAUUAUGGCAUACCGGGUGGUGAGGAGAACGGAAAAUAUGGCUAUAGACUUACGUUCGCAAUUGCGUAUUUGAGGGAUCUUGCAAUGGAAUAUGGUGUUAUUGGCGAAUCGUUUGAAACAUCGGUAAGUUGGGACAAAGUAAAGGACUUGUGUGCGAAUGUUAAAGAAGUUAUUCGACGAGUGGCUAAACUCAAUGGUGUCGAGUCUCCGAUUGCCAGUUGCAGAGUGACACAAGUCUACGAUGUAGGCGCAUGUGUUUAUUUUUAUCUGGCCUUCCUUUAUCGUGGUCUCGAGAAUCCGCUUGAAGUUUAUGACAAAAUUGAGGUGGCGGCUCGUGAUGAGAUUAUAGCUUGUGGUGGUAGUAUAUCACAUCAUCACGGUGUUGGUAAAAUACGUAAACAAUGGUUCCCACAAACAGUUGGAACCGUUGGUGUGUCCGUGUUGAGAGCACUCAAAAAUGAACUCGAUCCUAAGGUGAGUGGCUGUUCUUGUGAUAUGUUAUUUAUACCCUUUAAUUUCAUUCCUCAAACAAUGAACUUGCUAUUCUAA